AUGGGAGGAACUUUCGUCCAAAUCUCAAACAAAGUAUGCGAACUAACCCUAUGUUCGUCAGACUUAUCACAUCACAUAAAAGCUAGAGCAAUCAUAUUACCCAAGCUCACACACCUGCUACCCACAACCCAAGUAUCAUCCAUUGAAAUACACGAUAUUACCCCAUUAGCGUUAGCCGACCCGAAAUGUCUUACGCCAUCUCGAAUUGACAUGGUAAUCGGCAGCGACUUAGCACCCCAAAUCCUCAUGCAAGGAAUGCAACACCUCCACAAUGGCACCCUGUUAGCUCAGCAGACAAUAUUUGGAUGGGUAAUCAGCGGUCCAACAACCCAAAAAAUAGAAUCCUUCUCAACCCAGGUCAACCCAGCCCAAAAUGAUCCAAUCAGCAUCCAACUAAGGAGAUUCUGGGAGCAAGAAGAAGUACCAGAUACUCACACUAACUCAGAAGCGGAUGAAUUUUGCGAAGAUUUGUAUCGCAAAACAACAAAUCGCCAAAAGGAUGGUAAAUACGUAGUAAAAUUACCAUUCAAACCGGAAUUUCCCAGAGACGCAGCCCUAGGUCACUCAAGACUUGCAGCACAGCAGCAGUACAUCAGCAACGAGCGAACACUGGAACGAAAACCAGAGUUGAAGCAAAAAUAUCAGGAGGUUCUCGAAGAAUACCUGACACUGGACCACAUGGAACCCACUUCACCACGCGAAGUAAUCAAGGAUGGGAAGUACUUCUCCUUCUAUCUACCACAUCACGCUGUCAUCAAACCCGACAGCACAUCCACAAAGGUACGGGUCGUAUUCAACGCUUCCCGGGUAUCUCAAUCAGGGAACUCAUUAAAUGACGUUUUGCACACAGGCCCAACACUCCAAAAUGAUUUAAUGCUAAUAAUCCUCAGUUGGCGACUCCAUAAGUACGUUUUUAACGGUGACAUUGAGAAAAUGUACCGUCGAAUACUCAUUAACAAGGAAGAUCAGGACUUCCAACGAAUCCUCUUUCGUAAAACCCCAAACUCCCCAAUAGAAGAUUUCAAGCUAAAGACAGUUACGUUUGGCGUUAACUGUGCCCCAUAUUUAGCUAAUCGUACCCUACAUCAAUUAGCCGAGGACUGCAAAGGAGAAUACCCUCUCGCACACAAUAUCCUACGGAAUGAAAUAUAUGUAGAUGACAUACUCUCAGGAGGUAAUGAAAUACAGUCCACUAUCAACUCGCUUACCCAAGUUAUCGAAGCCUUAAACUCAGCAGGAUUCCCCCUUAAGAAAAUUACGGCAAACCACCCGAAAAUACUCGAAAAUAUCCCAAUAGCUCAUUUGCUAGAUGCCGAUUUUCUUAAAUUCAGCGACACAAGUUCCACAAAAACUCUAGGAAUACGCUGGAACGCGCUCUCAGACACAUUCUCUUAUGCUUACGAACCUCAUCCCACCGCAAAGAGCAGCAUGAAGCGCCAGAUUCUAUCUGCGGUAGCGAAACUGUUCGACCCGGCAGGAUGGUUAUCACCAAUUAUGAUAGUAGCCAAGAUACUACUUCAAACACUUUGGCUAGAAGGAACGGAUUGGGACGAAAAUGUGAAAUCCGGAUCCCUACACAAAUGGAACUCAUUUCAUGAGAAUCUCCCGGCAAUAAAGGAUAUCCAAAUACCUCGAUGGGUUGAACUCAUUCCUGAUAAACCAGUUCAACUCCAUGGAUUCUCAGACGCCUCAGAAAAAGCCUUCUGCGCUUGUGUGUACAUGAGAGUACAACACGGCGAAAACUCCUUCACCUCACAUUUACUCGCUGCGAAAACAAAGGUAGCACCUCUUCAAACGAUAAGCCUUCCCCGUUUAGAGCUCUGUGGAGCAGUUUUACUAGCAAAAUUGGUAAAACAAAUACAAACAGAAUUAAGUUUACCACCCCACGAACUAAUUCUGUGGACGGACUCGACCAUCGUGUUAGCCUGGCUUGAAAAACCACCCCACUCUUGGAAGACUUAUGUAGCAAAUAGAAUAUCCCAAAUCCUGCAGUUGAUAAGUAAUGCUAAGUGGCGUCAUGUAUGCAGCAGCGACAACCCAUCCGAUCUAGGUACACGUGGCUGCCGACCUCAAGACCUCAUCGGAAAUACUCUGUGGUGGAAAGGCCCUGAAUGGCUCUCGAAAUCCGUCAACGAAUGGCCUAACUCUCACCCCCAGCACUCAUCUCCUCCGGAACAAAGGCAAAUUGCCACCUUCCAUACCAUUCAAUCCACAGAUAUCUUGGACAGAUUCUCCUCCUUUCCCCGAGCCCUUAGGGUACGUGCUUACGUGUAUCGUUUCAUUCAUAGCUCACGGAAAUUGUCAGCCCAGAUGAACGUGACUCUAACACACGAAGAGAUAAACAAUGUAAAAAUGCGACUCAUAAUCCUAACUCAACGAAGACAUUAUGGUGAAACGAUCUCGCAACUGGAAACCUCAAAACCAAUCAGCAAGAAGGACAUGUUGCUGACAUUAAACCCGAUACUGGAUAGCAAAGGUGUACUGCGCGUAAACGGAAACGAACGACACCCCAUAAUCAUCCCAGGGAACUCGAUAUUUUGCACUCUGCUGUUAAAAUUUCUCCAUACCACCAUGCUACAUGCUGGAAACCAGCUAAUGAUGCGAAUGGUAUAA